AUGUCUGACUUUGCUACUUUCAAGACCUCCUUCAAAGGCGAUAUCGUCACUCCCGAAGACUCUGACUACGAGCAAGCCCUCACUCGCUGGGCAGCCAACGCCCGCCGCCGUGCCGCCGUGGUCGCCUUCGUUCGUGACGAGGAGGACAUAGCGCUUGCGAUCAAGUAUGCUCGCUCGAACGGUCUUCCCAUUGCCAUCCGUGGAGGGGGCCACAACCCUGCGGGCUCGUCCAGUUCCGAGGGUGGUCUGGUCAUCGACCUCUCUCGUCACCUCGCAAGUGUGCGUGUCGACGCGGAGAAGAAACUUGCGUACGCAGACGGAGGAGCUCUUUGGCGCACGUUCAACAACGAGACGAUGAAGUACGGUCUGGCUACCACUGGUGGUACCGUGUCUCAUACCGGCGUGGGCGGGUUGACUCUGGGAGGGGGCUUCGGCGUGCUCGCUGGAGAACAUGGCCUGACCAUCGAUAAUCUAGUCGAGGCCAAAGUGGUCACCGCUGACGGGAAGAUACUCACCGCGAACUCGGAUGAGAACGCGGACCUGUUCUGGGGUCUGCGUGGUGGAGGAUCGAACUUUGGCGUCGUCAGUCGUUUCGUGUACAAGCUUCACCCUCAGCGCGAAUCCGUGUACUCCGGAUUGGCUAUCUGGCCUGCGUCUACUCUAGAGGAACUCACUGCAGCUAGUGCAGCUCGGUUUGACAAGCUGAGGGAUCCGCGUGCGAUGUUUAUGAUCAUUGUCUCUUUAUCGCCCGAUCCGAGUCAUACGCCAUGCGUCAUUGCAAGUCUGUUCUUCAACGGGUCUGAGGCCGAAGGGCGAGAGCAUUUCAAAGAUUUCCUCAGCAUAGGGCCUAUGAUUGCUGAUAUGACGCGCGAAAUGCCUUACGCCGCGGUCAACACACUGCAGGACGAUGGCGUGCCUGUUGGCCGCUACUACUACCUCAAAUCCGUCUAUAUGCGCGCGCCGAAAAGUGAGGUCGCACGAGAGGUCGCAGACGCCGUAUACGCUCUAUCGAAAGAGCACAACUUCAAGAUCAUGUUUGCAUGGGAGCACUGGAAUCUCGAUAAGGUCCGCGCGGUGCCCGCAGACAGGACGGCUUUCAAACGCCCCGGAAUGGACCUCAGCUGCCUUGUGGCCAUUGACUACCCAGAGGACACUCCCGAGAAGCUUGCGCUCGUGCGCGAAUGUGCUGACAAGCUCGCCUCGAUCAUCACUACCGCUGAAGGGGACUCUUCCAUCAACAACGGUUACGCCAACUACAACUCCGAUGCGCCAACAGAAGCCUUGGACCCGAACUCGAACGAAGGUAUCCUGUCGGAUGCAAAGACCCGUGCUCUCUUUGGCGAGAACCACGCCAAACUCGCGGCAUUGAAGCAGAAGUAUGAUCCUGACCUCGUCUUCAACAAAUGGUAUGCUAUCAAGCCGGCCCCCUCCAAGUAG